GUCGUCGUCGUCAACGUCGUUCUCGUUGUCGUUCUCGUUGUCGUGGGCAGCAAAAGUACUUAUCCAAAAAAAAAUAUUUAUACUUAUUAAUUCACAUUAAAAUAUUAUAAAAAGUAUUAAAGUUUAUAAUUCUAUAACACAAAGUCAAAAUAUGAAAUUGGAGAUAUUGAACUUAAAAUGUUGAUAGUGAUUUUAACUAAAAUUAAAAUAAAAUUUUUUUUUAAAAUUUAGUCAGUGUAUAACCUCCUGACAAGAAAGUAAUCACAAAAAUAAAACAGGGCAAUAUGAAAAUCUGCUUAUGUUUAUUAUCAACAAUAUUCAUUAAUUUAGCAGUAGUAACAAAAAAUGUAGUUUCACUAGAAAAUCAUGCAGGAUAUAAUUAUGAUCCACCGAAGGUUAGAUUAGAUUAUGAUAAACCAAAAGUUUCCCCAGGUUAUCAUUAUGAUCCACCAAAAGUUCAACUAAGGCAUGAUCCACCAACAAAAUCUCCAGGAUAUCAUUAUGAUCCGCCAAAAGUUCAGUUAAAGCAUGAUCCACCAACAAAAUCUCCAGGAUAUCAUUAUGAUCCACCAAAAGUUCAAUUAAGGCAUGAUCCACCAACUAAGUCGCCGGGUUACCAUUACGAUCCACCAAAAGUACAACUUCGGCAUGAUCCACCGACGAAAUCUCCAGGGUACCAUUAUGAUCCACCAAAAGUUCAAUUAAAACACGACCCACCAAAAAAAGCUCCAGGAUAUCAUUACGAUCCGCCAAAAGUUCAAUUGAAACACGACCCACCAAAAAAAGCUCCAGGAUAUCAUUAUGAUCCACCAAAAGUUCAAUUGAAACAUGAUCCACCAACUAAAUCACCAGGAUAUCAUUAUGAUCCACCAAAAGUUCAAUUGAGACAUGAUCCUCCCACAAAAUCCCCAGGUUAUCAUUACGAUCCACCAAAAGUGCAAUUAAAGCAUGAUCCACCUACAAAAUCUCCAGGUUACCAUUAUGAUCCACCGAAAGUUCAAUUACGACAUGAUCCUCCCACAAAAUCCCCAGGUUAUCAUUAUGAUCCACCAAAAGUGCAAUUAAAGCACGAUCCACCUACAAAAUCACCAGGUUACCAUUAUGAUCCACCAAAAGUUCAAUUAAGGCAUGAUCCUCCCACAAAAUCUCCAGGUUACCAUUAUGAUCCACCAAAAGUGCAAUUAAAGCACGAUCCACCUACAAAAUCUCCAGGUUACCAUUAUGAUCCACCGAAAGUUCAAUUAAGGCAUGAUCCUCCCACAAAAUCUCCAGGUUACCAUUAUGAUCCACCAAAAGUGCAAUUAAAGCACGAUCCACCUACAAAAUCUCCAGGUUACCAUUAUGAUCCUCCAAAAGUUCAAUUACGACAUGAGCCUCCCACAAAAUCACCCGGAUAUCAUUAUGAUCCACCAAAAGUUCAAUUGAGGCAUGAUCCUCCCACAAAAUCUCCAGGUUACCAUUAUGAUCCUCCAAAAGUUCAAUUACGACAUGAUCCACCGACAAAAUCACCCGGAUAUCAUUAUGACGUACCAAAAGUACAACUUCAAUACGAACGACCAACAGUAUCACCAGGAGAAGGAUAUGAUGAAUUACCACCCCCUCAAAGUCUUCCACCACGUGUUAUUGCAACAAUUCUGGGUUGAAACUAAAAUGUGUAAUUAUUUUUUUAUUUUUGUGAUUAAUGAAAAGAUAAUUAAAUUGUGUUGUCAAAAUAA